AUGUUGCUGGUGGAGGACAACAGGGCAGAGCUCAGCCCAGCCCAGCGCCGCUGCAGUCACAGAGGACUCGGCCGCUCCCAGAGCAGGGAGGCGCCGGGGAGCUGGAGAUCGCUGCCCCGAGAGCUGCCUCUCAAUUUGUGGGAGGGCGACCGCGAGCACCGCGUCCGGGACGCCCCCGGGGCAGCCACUGAAGCCAUAGGUUUUACCCCCGAUCUUACGCACCAAGCGUUUCCCGGCCGCCCAGAGGAAGGCGCUCCUCCCGCGACCCUACCGAACACGGCGGAGGCGCAGAGCACCCCGCCCCGCGGGCCAGGCCACCGCUGCCGCGGGCACUGCGCCUCUACAGCGCCAGGGUGGCCGCGCCCGGCGCACGGGAGGAGAGCGCUACCUCCGCGCGCUCAGCGCUGCCCGCCGCCCCUACAGACUCCGCCCCGGCCCUGGCACAGCUUGCUUUAUGGGCUUUUCUCACACUCUCAGGGGCUGGUAAGCAGACGAGCAACCUCAGAGAUGGGCCCAGGUCCAGGCCUUUGAUCGGGCCACCUGUCACAGUGGCACCUGACUUCUCUAUUAACAGCAUCUGGCUGGCUGGAGUAACCAUGGAAACCAGGGCCUAAGCGGGGAGGCCAGAAGAGGCUAUGCCAUACCUCCAGCCAGAGGGCAGGGCUGAGACCAAAAAGGUGACUUUGGAGAUGAAAAGGUGAUCAGGUCACUGGGUGGAGUCUGAAGAGGUUUUCCAAAGAACAGAUGAGGUGCCCAACCUGGCCCAUCUAUUAGGAACUCGAGGGCCGGGCAUGGUGGCACAUGCCUGUAAUCCCAGCACUCGGGAGGCUGAAGCAGGAACAUUGUUGCAAGU